AAUCAUUAUGUCUAUGGAGAGUCCUCAUGAGGAUAGCCGCACUAGCAUGUGUGUGUGUGUGUGUGUUAGGCAGAGAGUUGUCUGCUGCAGUUUCCCUGUAUUAAUCCACUGGUUGCUCAGAUGAUGUUGAAGAGAGCUCCAUCAUUACAGUGGCUGCUAGAAGCUUCUUUCUCUGAGCUGCAGGAAAUGUUCCCACAGAUCUCUCACAAAGUCAUCAAGCUCUUCAGUGAUAUUACAGCUAAGUCCAAACUCAAACCUGCUAGCCCAGAGAAUGAGAAUGAACCCUCCUUACUGACAAACAACACAGCUUACCCUCCCCAUCCUCAUCUGCCUCCAAAAGUUCAGGAUUUCAGUACACCUCAGUCAGACCCACAGGCCUGUCACUCACAGCAGUCUAUGCAGUUCACUCUCUCUCUCUCUGAACAGAAGGAAAAUAAGACACCUCCUAGCUUGUUUAGAGAAUCGAUUGGUCAGCCUCUGUGUUUUAGAGAAGACAGAAAUGAAGAUAACAUUUCAGCAGGUCAUUUUAGAAGAAGAGGAGAGGAAUCAUGGCAAAGAAACAAAUUAUCUCUUCCAGAUCAUUCUUUAACCCACUCAUGCAACCUGUUAACAUCAAGUCAGUUCAGCCAAAGUUCAGCUACAAUGAGUGUCUGGCAGCCACAGCGUGAAGAACACAUGAAUUCAAACCCAAAUCCAGUGUUAGGGCAAGCUGUUCCACAAGUAUCCAUGAAACCUCUACUUACCCCUGAAGUGCUGGGCUGCAGCAACAGUGUCUUUGGGUUCGGGUCUGGACUGCAGGCUCUCUGGAGCUCACCUGAGAGCUGUCUGUCCCAAGAGACAGGAGAGGAGAGGAAGAGACAAGGAGAAGACCUGCACAGUGGUACACACAUACUGCUUCCGCAGUGUAAGAGAGGUAAACUGCUUUGUGAGAGAGUUCCAGGCAGGAAUGACGGACAGACUAGACUGAGAUUUUUCUGAUAAAGUUUUUGAUCCACACCCUCUCAUAAGUUUUCUGUUGAUUGAUUCUUAAUAUUUCUCAAGUUUAUGUAUACAUGUAUAGUGUAAUAUGAUGUAUAUAUUCAUAUAGUUCAUUUAAAUGUUCUAUGAAAUAUUUAUAUAUAUUUAUAUUCAUAGAUAUAGAUAUAAUUUCAUUAAUCAGUUCAUAUUAAUGUUUAAACUAACACCCCUAAGCUACUCAAUAGUAACCAUAUUUUCUGUUCAGUUUACAAUUGAUUGAAAUUACAAUAAAGGAAAGAAGAAAAAAAAUCUGGUCAGUUUGCAUCCUGGAAAACCUGGAAUUUUGCAAUGCAGUUUUCCAGUCAUGGAAAUGUCAUGGAAAAUGAGAAAAAUACCUAACUGUCCUGGAAAAUUAUUAUUUGUCCUGGAAAAUAUUUUAGUGUAAUAAAACUGUUUGACUGUGUCGCUAAAAAGGUUUUUGUUACAUAUACAAAAACAUAGUAGCGAUCGAGA